AGCUCAGCAAUCGGCGCAGAAGGUAAUUUGAAGACUUUCUCGCAAUAAGUCAACACGGCACCGAGCUGAGCAAAGAAGUCUAUAAAAAAAUAGCAAGAGCAUAGAUAAAAAAUUGUAUUUAAAACGUAUCGACAUUUGCCCUAUUUUCGGUUUUGUUUUAUAUACGGUUUUACUUUUGUUUUCGGUGUUUAAUUGAAUUAUUUGAAAAUGCGGGUCGAAUUAAUCUGCACAGCAAUUUUACUGGCAAUUUGUGUUACGGCCACAACAGCCAAACGCGGCUAUGGUCCCGGCGAACAGGAUUGGGGUUUCGUCGAUGUGCGCAAAGGUGCACACAUGUUCUACUGGCUCUACUAUACGACGGCUAAUGUGAGCACAUACACGGAACGUCCUUUGGCGAUUUGGUUGCAAGGUGGUCCCGGUGCUUCAUCCACGGGUUAUGGCAAUUUCGAAGAGUUGGGUCCACUGGAUUUGUAUGGCAAUUAUCGUAAUCACACAUGGGUGAAGGAUAUGAAUGUGCUGUUCAUUGACAAUCCCGUUGGCAGUGGUUACAGUUAUGUGGAUAGCAUACGCUAUUUAACUAAGAAUAAUAAUGAGAUUGCUUUGGAUUUGGUCAGUUUGAUGAAAGGUUUCUAUCAGCAACAUCCCGAAUUCGAAAGUGUGCCACUGCAUAUCUUCUGUGAGAGUUAUGGUGGUAAAAUGGCGCCUGAAUUCGCUUUAGAAUUGUAUUAUGCCAUACAACGUGGUGAGUUGCGUAGUAAUUUGAGUUCGGUGGCAUUGGGUGAUCCAUGGACUUCACCGAUUGAUUCAGUGUUGGCUUGGGCGCCAUUGUUGUUGCAAAUGGGCGUUGUGGAUCAAGAUGGUUAUGAGAAGAUUUCGGCAUCUGCCAAUAAAACUGAAAGUCUAGUCAAACAAGGCAAGUGGACGCAAGCCACCAGCCAAUGGGGCACUACGCAAGGAGUUUUAUUGCGUGAGUCCAAAGGUGUAGACUUUUACAAUAUUGAGAAACCAACCAGUGGUGAAGCGUAUGCCAAUGCAUUACUGAGAAGUAACAAUAUUGUGGAAUUAAUGUACCGUACUAUGGUGCAAUAUGAUAUAGAUGAGGAUCGCGAUCAAAUUUUGGAGGACUUAAUGCGUGGACCAGUACAACAGGCCUUAAAUAUAACGUCUCCUGUAAAAUGGGGUGCUCAAAGCAAUCCCACUUUCAGCAGAUUAAGUGGAGAUUUCAUGAAACCCGUCAUACAUAUCGUCGAAGAGCUGCUUGACAACACUGAUUUGAAGGUGGGUGUAUUCUCCGGGCAAUUGGAUUUGAUUUGUGCUACCCCCGGCACAGUUAACUGGAUUGAAAAAAUGCAAUGGAAUAAUAAGUCUGCAUACUUGGCCGCGCCACGCAUAGGCAUUAAUGUUGAACGCAUUUUGGAGGGUUAUGAGAAGAGCGCCGGCAAUUUCACUAUGUUCUGGAUCAAUCGCGCUGGUCAUAUGGUGCCUGCGGACAAUCCUGCCGGUAUGGGACAUAUUCUAAGGAAAUUCACCAACUUCGGUUGAGUC